AUGACCACCACCGCACCUCCUCCUCCACCAUACGCGGAAACCGCGUCCCCAGCCCCAGCCCCCGUCCCGGCCGACGCACCCGCACCUGUACAUGAGCCCGCACUUGCACCCGCUUCCAUAGCCAAAGAGCCUACCUCAAUCGAGGAGCAAAUGUCACAGAUCAAAGAAAUACGCUCGCAGCGCGAUCAAAAAAAGUUACAGCUCGAUAGAGAACGCUUACAGCUCAAUGAAGAAUGCUUAGAGAUUGAUGAAAAAAACUCACUGCUGGAGGAACUAUACCUGUGGCUCGAGGAACUACAUCUAGAGGGCUCGGACCAGUACCCGCAGCUCCAGAGGCACUAUUUUAAGCUCCAGUAUAUCGGCUGGAAGCGCGAGUACAGAUACGAUCAGCGCAUGCUACAGUACGCGCGGAACAAGUUACAGCUGGCACAGCUCGAUUGCCAGCACACAAAGCUAGAGCUCCAGCUCUCACUCCAGCUCUUACAGGACUGGCAGUAAGAAUUCAAGG